AUUGGAGCAUGCAAAGGCCUCUUAACAGGAACUUAAAGCUUUUAUUUGAAGAUGUUUGCAAUGGAGUCUCAUGAACAAAUGCAUAUGUUCGCAUUUUAAUUUACAUUAUAUGUGUAAAUACUAACAGAGCUGUUGUCUUAUUAGGUAAAUUUCAAAGCACGGCAGAAUCUGAUAACAGCACUUUCUAAACCUCUGUCCAUAAAGUUCCAAUGGGGAAACACAGCGUGUGAUGAAUAUAAGCACAAAUGGAACAAAUCCCAGUGUGACAAGAUGACAAUCAGAGUGAAGGUCGCAGUGGAUCUGGAAAAAGAGAAAUACAGGGAGCCAGCUAAAAGCAGCAAAUUUCAGGCAGUAAAGGGUGAAGAAAGAGUGAGGAAGACUUCGAGAGACCUGCGAGAAGAAAUAAUCGAUAUUGGAGGAAUCCAAAAUUUAAUUGAGCUUCGAAGGAAAAGGAAAAACAGGAAGAAGGUUCCACCUCCUGAACCAGAGAAGGAACCAGAGGAAAUUACCGGUCCAGUUCAGGUCCCAGUGUUUCUGAAUGCUGCAGUCGAAGGAAAAAUGAAAAUUAUCGAGAAGUACCUGGCAGAUGGAGGCAGCCCUGACGCCUGCGAUGAGUUUAAGCGGACUGCCCUACACAGAUCGUCUCUAGAAGGCCACGCUGACAUUGUGACCAAACUUCUGGAAGGAGGAGCAACUGUUGACUUCAAGGACAGGCUCGAUUGUGCUGCUGUUCACUGGGCCUGUCGAGGAGGGAGACUGGAAGUGCUUAAGAUCUUGCAGAGAAAUGGAGCUGAUUUGAAUGUCAUCGACAAGCUGCUCAGUACACCUUUGCACGUUGCUACCAGGACUGGACAUGCAGACUGUGUAGAGCACCUCAUGACUUGUGGCAUUAACAUCAACAUCAAAGACAGGGAGGGGGAUACAGCAUUGCAUGAUGCUGUCCGACUUAACCGGUACAAGAUAACGAAGCUGCUCAUUUUACAAGGAGCCAAUUUGAGAGUCAAAAAUGCGCAGGGAAAGACUCCAAUUGACCUGGUACAGCAGUGGCAACUCGAUACCAAGGAUGCACUUGUCCGUGCAAAAUAGUAGCUAACUAUAGCAUUUGAGAGCAGAAUAAACCUUCAAGAAGACUGGAAAUAUUUUUGGAACUGCUGAGCCAAUACUUGGGUCAUGUAUUGUCUUCUAUUUUCAAUGGCCACAGGACACACAUAACAAGCAGCUUAGUCAGUUGAAAGCCAAGUUGACCAGACGCUUAUUCACUGCUGACUGACGUUGAGGGUUUUGGAAAGGGGUUGCGGUGGAAGAUUAAUAAAUUUGAAAACCUAGAAGGAAGAAACAUUUCGGAUCAGUAUUCUUAUUUCCCAGUUUUUACUGGUGUUCCUUUUUAAGGUAUACAAGACCAGCUCAGACUAAUACUCUUAUUUCCCAGGUUUUACUGUUUUUUCAUGCUGGGAAGCAAUACAAGUUCAGCAUAAUGCCUUCCAGAAUAAUGAAAAAAUACUGUAUGCCUGUGGUGGACAGGUGAU